AUGGAUGCUCAAUCAACUGCUCCCCCGGCUACCGAUGCCGCCUCUUACCUCGACCUGGGUAUUACACUCGCCCUGGACAACUGGCCCGCACUCACACUCGCCGUGCAAUCAAACUGGGGUGGACCAACCUCUGCCGACAAGCGCGCCUGGCUUUGCGGUGCCAUUUCCGAGAUGUUGAAUGAGCGCGCCGAAACCGAUGCCGAAGAUCUCGAGGAUAUUUUGAUUCAAGUCAUGAACGACGAGUUUGACGUUGUGGUCGACGACGAGAGUGCCGGAAAUGUGGCGGACCUGAUCAUGGAAAUUAAGGAUCAGACCGUGCGUGGAGAGUUUGGUGCUAUUCAGCAGAUGUGGCAUAUCUGGCAGCAAAAGAGUGCGCAGAGAUCUGCUGCUUCAGAAAUGUUCAAGCAGGUUGAGUCGAAGGAUGAAGACCAAGAGACUGAUGAGAGUGACGACGAGGGCUCAGAUGUCGAGAUGGGAGAUGCGCCUGAGAGAGCGCCUAGGGAAAGAGUUGAACCUGAGAUUGAUGAUGAUGGGUUUACCAAGGUGGUUAGCAAGAAGAAGCGAUAG